CUUACCUCGAUGCUAAUCUCAAUCGACAACGUGAUAUAAGCCUUUCUAAAAAUAAAAGUAUUCAAGAUGGAAUUGAAGAAAGUCAGACAAAAUCCGGUUGUGAAAAGAAGCAUCAACAAAUGGAUCAUCAAAAUUGUAAACUUGAAGUCAGCAAACAUGAGGAAACUCUUCGAAAUGCUGAACUAAAAGAACCAAUCGUGGAAAAUGAAGCCUAA